AACCAACCAAUUGCUCGACUCCAUACUAUACUAUACUAUACCUACGUACGAGUAUGAUAGCACCGUCACCAUCAGCUAUACUCUAUCAAGACCCUCAGGCCACGACCUUCUUGAUCGAUAUUCCUUCAUCAAUCGCUCGCGCGCAGUCACUCUCCCCGUUUCAAUCAUCAGCGCUCUUGCCCUCCGCAAGAUCGCCUUCUGUUCUCGAAAAUGACAGGAAUCGAAGACUUCUCUCAACGCCACCACUGAGGGUGCCCUAUCCGACUCGUACGGAGCCGAAAACUGAUGCGGCCCGGGCAAGAGUCCUUGAAAGAACCCCUCUUGCAGAGAGGCUUCUGCAUUCCGAAAUCCUUGAACCCCUGGUAACGAAGGGGUUAUUCCAGAUACGGAGUGCGCUCGACUCGGGGUUUCAAUGGUGUCUUCCGCGGGUUGAAAUAGAUCCCAGCGCUCAGGACUCACCUCGCAAUGGGGACAUUGGUGACGGAGCUCCCCUCCCAAAGAAGAGGAAGGGGACCGCCGGGCGAACACGCUGCUCUAGCCACGGGAAUGUGGACGCUGCGAUGGAGCCGAUCGCCUCUGCUUCUGCUGCCUUCACUGCGCCAUGCGCCUCGCUCAAUCCCCCGUUGAUAUUGUCUCCCGGCGUGAACCGCUUCAGCUGCAUGUCCGAACUCUCCAGCAUCGUGGUCCGGAAUACGUCGUUGGCAUCAGCCACGGUGCACGCUACCUGUACGGGGGAUCAGGAGAAAGCAGCGGACGAUACGCGAUGCUGUCACAGUGGACCUCAUCCCCUAUCACCACGCCCUGUUCCUCACUCUUUCUACAUUCCGCCGCUCUCGAGCUUCCUCCAAGACAGAAUCCCGAUCUCAUCAACCCCCGUCACGCACGCAGAGACCCCCAUCCCAGGUCUCCCUCGCCACCGGAAGUUCAACCUCAUCCUGCUUGACCCACCCUGGGCCAACCGCUCGGUCCGUCGCAGCGGUCAUUACCACACUCAGACCUACCUCGACUGGGAACUGCUCACCCAGCGCAUUCGCAAUGUCCUGUCCGUCCAUCUGGUCCAGGAGUCUUCCUCAUUCAAUAAGGAGGUAGAAACCGCUGAACAGCGAAGCGACAGCAGGCGCAGGAGCGCCAUCGCAGCCAUCUGGAUCACGAACUCAUCGAAAGCCCGCAAGACGGCCUACGACGCGAUGCAGGGGGCCGGGCUGACGGUCUGCGAAGAGUGGGUGUGGGUGAAGACGACGACGGAGGGCGAGCCCAUCACGCCGGUGGGUGCGCUCUGGCGGAAGCCUUAUGAGAUCUUGGUGAUCGGAAAGAAGGGGUCAUUUGCCUCUCGGGACGACGACGGCCAUCCCGCAGCAAAAGCCGGCGAGGAUGGCAUCACGCGAAGAGUGAUUGCGGCGGUGCCGGAUGUUCAUUCGCGAAAGCCGAAUUUGCGCGAGGUCUUUGAGCAGGUGUUUUUCUAUGACAGCAGUCCUCGAGACAAUGCCGAAAUGCGAUAUACGGCUUUGGAGGUAUUUGCUCGCAAUCUCACGGCGGGAUGGUGGGCGGUUGGGGAUGAAGCUCUGAAGUUCAAUGCAGAGGAAUGGUGGGUUGAGGGUUGACCGAACGAACCGAACGAUACAGCAUAGGAUGAAUUUGAUCUUCCAGGUAGUGGCUCAAUCUGUGCGUUUCUUAUCGAGGGGUUGGAUAUCUAUCUACGGCUCAUCCUUCCAGUAGCCAUUGCCAAUUACCCCAUGACCCAGUGACCCAGUGUAUAUGUGA